AGGGCCAGAACCUAGUCACCAGGCCACAUCCAGGCACGUUUUCAUUUGGGGCAACCACGUGCCCUGCCCUGUUAACGACAAGGGAGUCCAUUUCUAUGAGAGAAAAGGGCAGACUGGGUAUUUGGGAGCCAGUGGCGACCCUGGCCACACCUGCCACUCCAAGUAAGACUUGGCCAGUUAGGCCUCCAUGGCAUCUUGACUUUUUCUUUGUCGGGCUUAUCACACCGGCUCUGUCAUCGUCUUUACGUGUAAAAUGUCGGUUUUAUCCUCCGGUAAAGAUGAGGCAGGAAUCGUACUGUAUCCCCAGUGCCUAGUACACAGUAACUGUUUAGAAAUAGUUGUUGCCUCAUUGAUAGGAUUACACUGAACACACCUCAAGCUUAGGUGGGAUUCAAAGAAGAAAGACAUUUUCGCCUAGCGGCAACCAUCAGGCCGCGGACCGAUGGUUUCACCCUGAAUUCCGUCACUGCGUCCUGUUAACGCUGUCUUCACUGUGAAUCCCCGAUCCAGCCGCUUCCUAACGGCGCCACUGCCCAGUGUCCACGGAAGCCAGAGACCCUUCAAAAGCGCGAACCAGUGUCAUCGCUUCUGGUCCUGCUGCAGCCCGUCUGUGGACCCAUUUCUUGUGGGGCCCAAGUCCACCUUGUCCUUCGCACUGGAGCCACGCUUACCCUUCUCUCCUGGGGACAUGCCCGGCCCCUUCCUGACACUGGAACAGGUUUCCCCACUGCCGUUGUCAUUCUGAUCUCAACUAAGACGCCAUCUCAGAGGUGGCCCUGGGGAGGCGACCAGCUAUCGGCACCCGGUCACCUCUCCUACAUCACCUUACAGCACUUGGUAGUACUUGAACUUGUCCCCCCUUCCCCAGUAAAUAAUGCAGACCUAAUGCCCCUGAGGCAGAUUCCAGGCGUCACUGCCUGAGAACAAUAUAGAAACAUUUUUGUGAGAGACUGGCUCCUUGAAUCUGAAAGCAACACUAACAUAUCCUUUGAAAACUUGGGGUUCCAUAUCCCAGAGCCUACAACUGUGGCGGGGAUGGGCUGGGGCUGAGGUCGGUGGCCCAGAACGGCUUCCUUCCAACAGUAUUACGCCUCCAUCUUUUAAGCCCCUCAAUCGUUGCUCGUUCUGUGUGCCUGAAAACACGUAUGCAGCAACAGAAAAUGCUCAGUUUUACCUGCCACUCAGUGACCUACAGAUUCCUGGAGCCCCAGAAGGGGCUAUCGGCAUCAGUCAGGGUUCAAGCCGAGAAACAGAACUGGUGAGGGCUAUGGAUUAGGAUUACCGCAAGCAACUGCCUCAUGCAAGUGUGAGACCCAGGGUGCAAGCCUCCGAGAAGGGCAGGCCGGCCCAGGCAGCGCUGAAGCUGUGUCCACAGGUGGAAUUUCUUCCUCAGGGAAGCCUGGGUUCUGCCCUUACGGCCUUCCACCGACCGGAGGAGGCCCUCCCAGGUUAUCUAGGAUAAUCUCCCUGGCUAAAAGCCACCUGAUGAUAGACUUUAUUGUGUCUCCAAAAUACCUAGGUCAGCGCUCGUGAAUAAAUGGGGACUAGAUCCUAGCCGGGCUGACACGUGAGCAUGACCAUCUCAGAAAGGCGGGUUCCCGGUUUCCCAAAAGACAGACCCAUUCCCAACGACCUCAGGAAACAAUAGAAACAAUACUGCCUACUUCCGCAGUCUCUGUAGCUAACAGCUCAGUGGCAGCAGUAAUUAGAACUUGAUUUCAUAAUUAUUAUUUGUUACCCAGGGUUGGUUGCUUAGAUACAAAGCAAUUCAUUUUGAGCCAGAUUUUCCUUAAGACGCCCUGCAGAUAUUAUAAUGUUCCAGAGCCUAUUCAGUAAUAACAAGUAAUGGCUCUCAAAGUUAACACAUUUCUGCUCGAAACAAUAUGUGCUGUUUGACUGUUACCAACCACUUGCAUAGUAGUUAGUAAGUAACUGGUGGGCCUCAUGCUACUCACGGGAUAGUAAUCCACAUUUCAGUCAGGAUUUAUUCCACAGUUCUCCAGCAGCAUUUAUUUUGAGGCCUUUGGGGUAGUCAUAUUAAAUUCCACCCCCACCCUACGCCUGGAUACAAAAGAAUUUAAUGUCUAUUGUAAAAAAAAAAAAUGUGGAUAAUACAGGAAGAGGUGAACAAGAAAACAAUCACCCUAACCUGUCCCCCAGGAAUAAUUAUCAGUAGUAUUUUGAUGCAUAUCCUUUCAUAUAGAUGUAUAUAUAAGAUCAAUAAAGUCACACUAUUCAUGCAUCCUAUUUUUUAACAUUAUUUGGUGAUCCAUGUAAUUAAGUUAUUAAUGACUCUUCUAAUGAUUUAAUCUAAUGAUGUACCAUUCCCUCAACGUUGGACAUUUACUUUGUUUCCUGUUGUUAAUACUAGGAUACAAUCUUACCACUAGAAGAGGAGUAAGUCCUGGAGACCUAAUGGACAACGUGGUGAUUAUAGUCAACAAUACUGUAUUAUAAACCUCAGAGUUCCCGGGAGAGUUCACCUCAACUGUUCUCACCACAAAAAAGAGAGAAUUAGGAGGCAUGCACCCUGUAAGGAUUGCCAGGCGAUAAUGAAGGUUCUUUUACUAAAAGACCCUAAGGAGGAUGACUGUGGCCAAGAUCCAUAUAUCAGGGAACUAGGAUUAUAUGGACUUGAAGCCACUCUGAUCCCUGUUUUAUCAUUUGAGUUUUUGUCUCUUUCCAGUUUUUCUGAGAAGCUGUCUCAUCCUGAAGGCUAUGGGGGCCUCAUUUUUACCAGCCCCAGAGCAGUGGAAGCAGUGGAACUGUGUUUGGAGAAAGACAAUAAAACUGAAGUCUGGAAACACUCUCUGAAAGAAAAGUGGAAUGCUAAGUCAGUGUACGUGGUUGGAAGUGCUACCUCUUCUCUAGUGAAUAAAAUUGGCCUGGACACAGAAGGAGAGAGCUGUGGAAAUGCAGAAAAGCUCGCAGAAUACAUUUGUUCCAGGGCUGCUUCCUGCUCUGAACUCCCCUCCUCAGAGCGGCCCCCACCCCCACGAGCACGUCCCCGGACGGCGUGUGGCCGCCGUUUGUAGGUGUCGCUGGUUGCAGGCAUGUUGCGUUUCCGUGAGGGGUUCACCCUUGAUGGAAGUAAAGCUUCUGGGGAACUUGGAGCGAGAGGGGCGGGAAGGUUAAGGGGUGCCCGCAGAGCAGUCCUCCCCGCCAUCUCCCCCGCCCCCCAGCCUAACCCAGCUGCAGACACUUGCCCUUGCGCCCUCGUCGCCCCCUCCCCAUCGGUAAAAGCGGGUCGAAUAAGCACCCCACGUCACGGGCCCAGCACGACGACGUAUUAGGUACGCAGAGGCAACACGUGCCAGAUGCCAGCGUGGUGGCCCCCCGGGGGCCAGGGAGCAGGGCAGCAGGACCGAGGGUGCUCCCUUCCUCUCCGGUCGCAGCCACCCCAGCCCUGCUCUUCCCUUUAGCUCGGUGAGGUCUAAGUUUGGAGAAACGCUCUUCUUACUAAAGGAGUGUGUUUCCCAGACACUCCCAAAAGCCCCGGGGACAGUGGACGUGACCCUAAGCCAGUGACCCUUUGGGCCCAAGCCUGGUCGAAGCAGGUGCUGGCCUGGGCCGGGGAGGAGGACCGGGCAGCCAGCACGGUGUUCCUGUCCCAGGGCAGCACCUCCGGGCCUCCUGCCUCGGGUCUGGGAUCCACCACGCCCCCCGAACCGCGGUGCCUCGGGGGCUCUCAGACACGACAGUCGAGGGCCCACGACUCUAGUGGCCGGUCCCAUGGCUGCUCCCGGCACGUCGUCCCGUCCAGCCUCCUGCACAACCCUCCCACCUCUGCCUGUCCCCCCCUCCCCCGACGGUGCUGCCCGCGGACGUCCCGUCCCUCGUGUAUUCCUGUUAAGCACAGCCCCUCACGACAGGGCUGCCAUAGGCUGUGCUCCUUCUACACAUUACUGUCCCAAAGACCCCGGCCCUCUUUCGGGCACCCGCUCACUGUACACAUGCCGUUAGUAUCUCCUCUGUCGUUUAACCCGCUCCGGCCUUGUGAGGGUCACUGGUCUGUGUCGCCUCCUCCCUGGUGCCCCCCCAGCCCCGCAAGGGGCCCGGCACACAGGUGUUCCCACGCGGCGUUUGCCGAAUGCUGUCGGACUGUUCCGGCUUGACGGGAGGGCACGUGGAGGGCAAGGCAGGGGAGGGCUUGGCCAAUGCCGGCCGGCCUGUCGGGGCUGAGAAGCCCUUUAGCAUCAGCAUGGGAGUGCCUCUGCCCACCUCUGCCCACCGCUGCCCAGCCAGGUGUUGAAACAGCAGCGGGAAUUAUGCCGGGGGUCCAAGGGUGAGCACGGUCCCGGGCACCUCGGGGUCCUCAGGCCCAUGGCACUGUUUCGAGGGUCACUGAGCCUCAUCUCUUCUGGGGCGAGAAGAAUGUCACGAUUGGGUUCUUCCACCAGCCGUUCAUAGUGUGGGUGCAUAUGUUCCAGAAGGAUCCAACUCCAGGCUUUUUAUUUCUGAUGUUUUCAGGGGAUAAUGGUCACCAUUAAGUGGUAACCGAGCCCUUCUAAUGUCUUCAUGUAGAAAUCACUGUGACCGGUAGCUCUUGGCAUUCCCCUUGGAAUCAAGUGCCUUGGUUAAGAAAACUCAUGAUGGGUUCUGUGGGUGGCACGACAAUUACUCCUUAAUGGAACAGGUGGCUGCCGCCUGCUCCCAGGGCAGACGAUCUGGCCAUCCUCACAGCUGAUGCACUAGUUCUGGAAAGAGACGGAGGGAAAUUGAGUCAUUCUUCAUCAUCAGGUGCAAAGCCAUCAAGCUGGUGUUCCUUGCUCUGCAUACACAAGGCAGGAAGGAUCCGUGUCACUUCUGAGAUAUCACACUGGUGUUUCAAUUAACUGCCUCACGGCGUGAGGGUGGAUAGGAGCCUACUCUGCCCUUAUCUCGGCAGACACGGGUCCACACUCUUUGCAAAGCCUUUGUGACUUCUCAUUUAUUACCGGCAUGCCUGUGUGUCCUGAUAAAUUUUUAAUUCGCAAUUAGAAUACCACAUAAGAAUCCUUCUUGACUGCUAAUACUUUAACCUUGGUUUUACCAAGGCAUUAAUGAUUUCCUUCCCCAGUAAGAUCUGAAGCUUGAUUUGAAAAGCUAAGAAUCUACUUCCAGUAUUUAGAGUGAACAGGCCAGUUCAUAGUUAUUGCUUACUUUAGCUGACACUUUUACUCUGUGACAAACGCCACUGUGAGCACUUAAAGCUAUGAACUCAUUUCAUCUGUUGUGUGUGGGGUUUUUUUUGAGAGAUGGAGAGGAAGGGGCAGGGAGAGGGGGGCGCAGAGAAUCCCACCCUGAGAGUGGAGAGCCCUGAUGUGGGGCUUGAACCCAGGAACCAUGAGAUCACGCCCUGAGCCAAAACCACAGGUCCGACGCUUAACCAACUGAGCCACCUACGCGUACCAGAUAGCUCACUGUUACCAUAGAAAACCCUGCCCUCCCAGGGUAUCUCCUCUAAUGGAAGAGAGAGCAGCAAUUAAAAUGGUAAAAGGGGGAAGACAGUUGCAACAUUCUGCAGGAGAGAGGGUCCGCCUGAGUCAGAGGGGAGCACAGUUAAUUGAAAUGUCCUCUGGAUUCGGCGCUGGUAGGCAGACAGCUCCCGCAGCCUCGCAGACUUGCUCGGCUCUUCCUUCCCUCGCCAUCAGCCUCACUGUCCGGGUUCCACACCAUGAGCAUC